AUGGCUGCAGUCGGGGAGUGGUCCUGCACACGCUGCACCUUCCUGAACCCGGCCGGCCAGCGCCAGUGCUCCAUCUGCGAGGCCCCACGGCACAAGCCUGACCUCGACCAGAUCCUGCGGCUCAGCGUGGAGGAACAGAAGUGGCCCUGCACCCGUUGCACAUUCCGCAACCUCCUGGGCAGGGGGGCCUGCGAAGUGUGCGGCUUUGCCCCCGAGCCCGUCCCCGGGGCCUCCCUGCUACCCGUCAUCAACGGGGUCCUGCCAGAGCCCAAGGGCAGCUGCGGGGAGGAGGCAGGGCCUGCACAGAUGGCAGGGCUGGUGGCCAUGGAGCCAGCUGGGGGGCGGCCGGAGGAGGUGGAGGGGGAAGAGGGGGGCGCGGCCGCAACUGGGAAUGGCUGGGCCUGCCAGCGCUGCACACUGCACAACACGCCAGUGGCCAGCUCCUGCUCGGCCUGUGGGGGGCCGCGGAAACUCUCGCUGCCCAGGAUUCCUCCUGAGGCCCUGGUGGUCCCAGAAGUCGUGGCUCCCGCAGGCUUCCCCGUCAUGCCUGCCCCGCCCCAGCCCGGGGAAGGCGCCGAUGCCAACCCUCCCUCUGCUGCGGACCAGGAACCCCCCCGGGGGCCACCCUUCAGCCCCUUCUCGCCUACCCUCCAGAACAACCCUGUGCCUCGCAGCCGCCGCGAGGUGCCCCCCCAGCUGCAGCCACCGGUGCCUGAGGCCACCCAGCCCUCGCCCUCUGCCAGCUCCAAGGGGCCCCCCCAGGGCCUGGGGCGGACCGCGGCUGGGGCCUCCCGCCUGGCGGAGCUACUGUCGGGCAAGCGGCUGAGCUUCCUGGAGGAAGAGGCAGCUGAGGGUGGCACCACGCUGCGCCCACCUGGUCCCGCCAGCCCUGCCCACUGUGAGGCUGGCACCAUACCGGGCAGCGACGUCAUUGACCUGGCCGGCGACACCGUGCGCUACACGCCCGCUAGCCCCUCCAGCCCUGACUUCACUACCUGGUCGUGUGCCAAGUGCACGCUCAGGAACCCCACAGCUGCCUCCCGCUGCACGGCGUGCGGCUGCUCCAAGCUGCAUGGCUUCCAGGAGCACGGCGAGCCUCCCACCCAAUGCCCCGACUGCAGCGCGGACAAGCCCGGGCCCUGCUUGGCCCACAAGGCUGGCCACCUCUUUCCCACAGCACUGUCUGAGCGCCUGGGCCAGUGGGCUUGCCCUGCCUGCACCCUACUCAACACGCCCCGAGCCAAGCACUGUGCCGCCUGCCACACCCCCCAGCUCCUAGUGACCCAGCGCCGGGGCACAGCGCCCCUGAGACGCAGGGAGAGCAUGCACGUGGAGAAGCGGCGGCAGACGGACGAGGGCGAGGCCAAGGCCCUAUGGGAGAACAUUGUGGCCUUCUGCCGGGAGAAUGGCGUGAACUUUGUGGAUGACAGCUUCCCCCCUGGACCCAAGUCUGUGGGCUUCCCUGCGGGCGACAGCGUCCAGCAGCGUGUGCGUCAGUGGCUGAGGCCCCACGAGAUCAACUGCUCUGUGUUCAGGGACCACAGUACCUCGUGGUCCGUGUUCCACACUCUCCGGCCCUCAGACAUCCUUCAGGGGCUCCUGGGGAACUGCUGGUUCCUGAGUGCGCUGGCGGUGCUGGCCGAGCGGCCGGACCUGGUCGAGCGGGUGAUGGUCACGCGCAGCCUGUGUGCAGAGGGCGCCUACCAGGUGCGGCUCUGCAAGGAUGGCACGUGGACAACGGUGCUGGUGGACGACAUGCUGCCCUGCGACGAGGCCGGCUUCCUCCUCUUUUCCCAGGCUCAGCGCAAGCAGCUGUGGGUGGCCCUCAUCGAGAAGGCUCUGGCCAAGCUGCACGGCUCCUACUUUGCCCUCCAGGCCGGGCGCGCCAUCGAGGGUCUGGCCACACUCACCGGCGCCCCCUGUGAGAGCUUGGCCUUGCAGGUCAGCUCCACGAACCCCCGCGAGGAACCAGUUGACACUGACCUCAUCUGGGCCAAAAUGCUGAGUUCUAAGGAGGCUGGAUUCCUCAUGGGCGCCUCCUGUGGGGGAGGCAACAUGAAGGUGGACGAUGCUGCCUACGAGAGCCUGGGCCUGCGCCCCCGCCACGCCUACUCCAUCCUGGACGUCCGUGAUGUCCAGGGCUCCAGGCUCUUGCGCCUUCGUAACCCGUGGGGCCGCUUCUCCUGGAACGGCAGCUGGUCGGACGAGUGGCCGCACUGGCCGGGGCAUCUGCGGAGCGAGCUCAUGCCUCACGGCAGCAGCGAAGGCGUCUUCUGGAUGGAGUACAGCGACUUCAUCAGGUACUUUGACUCCGUGGACAUCUGCAAGGUGCACUCGGACUGGCAGGAGGCGCGGGUGCAGGGCUGCUUCCCCAGCUCGGCCAGCGGGCCGGUGGGCGUGACGGCCCUCACGGUGCUGGAGCGCGCGUCCCUGGAGUUCGCCCUCUUCCAGGAGGGCAGCAGGCGCACGGACUCGGUGGACAGCCACCUCCUGGACCUGUGCGUCUUGGUGUUCCGGGCUUCCUUCGGCAGCAGUGGCCGCCUGAGCCUGGGCCGCCUGCUGGCCCACAGCAAGCGUGCAGUCAAGAAGUUUGUCAACUGUGACGUGAUGCUGGAGCCCGGCGAGUACGCCGUGGUGUGCUGUGCCUUCAACCACUGGGGCCCUGCACCGGGCCCACCAUCCGCGCAGGUCUCUGGCCCCUCAGCGGGGGUCCCACGCGACACCCCGGAGCCGCCCGGCCACGUGCUGGCCGUGUACAGCUCAAGACUCGUCAUGGUGGAGCCCGUGGAGGCCCAGCCGACCACGCUGGCGGACGCCAUCAUCCUGCUCACGGAGAGCAGGGGCGAGCGGCACGAGGGACGCGAGGGCAUGACCUGCUACUACCUGACGCACGGCUGGGCAGGGCUCAUCGUGGUGGUGGAGAACCGGCACCCCAAGUCUUACCUGCACGUGCAGUGCGACUGCUCGGACAGCUUCAACGUGGUAUCCACGCGUGGCAGCCUGCGCACCCAGGACAGUGUGCCGCCCCUGCACAGGCAGGUCCUGGUGAUCCUGUCCCAGCUGGAGGGCAAUGCCGGCUUCUCCAUCACCCACCGCCUGGCGCACCGCAAGGCGGCCCAGGCCUUCCUCAGUGACUGGACGGCCUCCAAGGGCAGCCACAGCCCCCCACUCACGCCCGAGGUCGCUGGCCUGCAUGGGCCCCGGCCGCUGUGA